CCUGCAGCGUAGGAAUAGUAGGCCAGCCAAGCGCUCCGGUGUAACCAUACCCUCGUCAACCACCGGCGAAAGGAGCGCUAAUUGAGCUGUCAAGAACCAACACGGCACGUUGUUCCCCCACGUCGGCCCCUCCCGAACCGCCCGCGCGGGGUAUAAGAGGGCGGAACGGGACGAGAGGCAUGGCGUGCGCGGUGCUGAGAGAGUUGCCGUUGAGGAAAACGACCCAGUUCACGAGUCGAUAUCGAGCGUUGACUGAUCCAGCGACCAUCAUUAUCAAACAUGGCUGGCUUCUUUGACGGCCCUCCGCUGCCCCCUGACCCGCCGACGGAGGUGGGACGGCUCCGAAUCCUCUCCAGGACGGCCGGCAUCCGCGUGUCGCCGCUCGCGCUCGGUGGUGGGAGCAUCGGACAAGCAUGGAAUGCCAAUUGGGGCCCGAUGGAUAAGGAGCGGGCCUUUGAGCUUCUGGAUGCGUACGUUGAGGCCGGCGGCAACUUCAUUGACACGGCCAACACCUACCAAGACGGCGAGUCCGAAGUCUGGCUGGGCGAGUGGAUGGCCGACCGCAAGGUGCGCGACCGCCUCGUCGUCGCCACCAAGUACACGUCCGACUGGGGCCUGUACGACGCGUCCAACCCGGGGGUGCAGAAGGGCCAGACGGCAAACCACGGCGGCAACUCGCGGCGCAGCCUGCACAUGAGCGUGCGCGAGUCGCUGCGGCGGCUGCAGACGGACUGGAUCGACAUCCUGUACGUGCACUGGUGGGACUACACGGCGUCGAUCGAGGAGGUGGUCGACUCGCUGCACCUGCUCGUCCAGCAGGGCAAGGUGCUGUACCUGGGCAUCUCCAACACCCCGGCGUGGAUCGUGAGCGCCGCCAACACGUACGCGAAAGCGCACGGCAAAACUCAGUUUAGCGUCUACUCGGGCCAAUGGAACGUGCUAGCGCGCGAUCUGGAGCGCGAGAUUAUACCCAUGGCUAGGGCAUUUGGCAUGGCGAUCGCUCCCUGGGGGGUCUUGGCGGCUGGCAAGUUCCAGACCGAGGAAGAAGUUAAAGAGAGGGAGAAGGUUGGUGAGACAUUGCGGCCUUUCGGCGGCGGCCGUGAAGUCGAGAUGAGCGAGGCCUUAGCGAAGGUUGCUGCCGAACACGGGACCAAGUCGGUCGUGGCCAUCGCAAUAGCCUACGUUCGACGGAAAGCAGCGCUCCUUGGCGUCCACAAUGUCUUUCCUAUUGUCGGCGGGCGGAAGAUUGAGCAGCUGAAGGACAAUAUUGCGGCGUUGGACAUCUGGCUCACCGAGGACCAGGUCAAGUCCCUCGAGAAGGUCAAGGAAUUUGACCUCGGCUACCCUAGCGGGAACAUCGGGGACGAUCCCAACAUGUCGGGCGUCGUGAGCGUCAUGUCGUCGAACAGCGCGUUUCUGACAUUUCCGUGGGCGACGAGCAAAUAAGGCAUGUUUUGUUUCAACGUCCAGGUUUUCCCUUCCAAGUUUCUGUUCUGCUAGAAAAGAAAAGGAAAAGUGUGCCGCAUGCGGAAACCCAGGCUGCCAUCACGCCUGCCCUUUCCGGUUCCGGGAAAGAGCGAUCGAUGCACGCGUUUCCAUCGAGUCACAACCAGUUUUACGGGUCGCACCAGUACGAUUCGGGUUCCCGAUCUCGUUUCCCUUUCAACCCUUAGCGGGCAGUGGUGGCGGGCACAGGCACAGCGGGUUUCAGCGCGCGUUGGAGGGGUCCUCCCUUGUCUUUCCCCACGACCUCCCCCUCCGGGUUUGGUCCCUCGCCAAGGUGCACUCUUUGAUUUGUCGAUCACCCUCAGAUCACCUAAACUUCCGACUUGGCGCUGGUAAUCGCCGGAGUCACCCAACAUGACGAUUUGCAACU